AUGAAUAUCAAAUGUGUAUUUCAACCUCAUUCGGAGUGGGGCCCUAAGGAUAUUGAAACUCGGCGACUCAGGAUACAGUAUGAUUCUCGAAAUUAUAUUGAAUCACAGGCACCUAGAAAGCUAAGUCGUUACAUGAUACAGAAAUCCAGGCUCGAAUCAUACAAGCUUGACGUACAGUACGAUAACGUUGUACGGCAUUCAUCUUUGACUUCUACGGAAAUACAUAUUGAAGAUGAGAAGAAACACAAAUAA